CUGAAUGUCAUCAUGUCUGGAAUCAAGCGAACAAUCAAGGAAACAGACCCCGAUUAUGAGGAUAUAUCUGUGGCCCUUCCAAAUAAGCGGCAUAAAGCAAUUGAGAAUUCAGCUCGAGAUGCUGCUGUACAGAAGAUCGAGACUAUUAUCAAGGAACAAUUUGCUCUUGAAAUGAAGAAUAAGGAACAUGAAAUUGAAGUCAUUGACCAGCGACUGAUUGAGGCAAGAAGGAUGAUGGAUAAACUUCGUGCCUGCAUUGUGGCAAACUACUAUGCUUCUACAGGUCUUCUAAAAGUUUCUGAGGGAUCAAAGACAUGUGAUACAAUGGUCUUUAAUCAUCCUGCUAUCAAGAAAUUUUUUGAAUCACCAUCGAGAUCAUCAUCUCCUGCCAAUCAGAGAUCAGAAACACCAUCAGCCAAUCAUUCAGAGAGUGAUUCUUUAUCUCAACACAAUGACUUCUUUUCUGACAAAGACAACAACAGCAAUAUGGAUAUUGAGGAAAGAUUGUCAAACAACAUGGACCAGAGACCAAGCCGAAAUACUGGAAGGGACACUUCUAGUACUAUUGACUCCCAUAAAACAGAUCAGCGGAAUGCCGAUCUCACAGGAGAUGAGACGUCACGACUUUUUGUAAAGAAAACAAUAGUCGUGGGCAAUGUGUCCAAGUAUAUACCUCCAGAUAAAAGGGAAGAAAAUGACCAGUCAACCCAUAAGUGGAUGGUAUAUGUCCGGGGGUCUCGUAGGGAACCCAGCAUUAAUCAUUUUGUCAAGAAAGUUUGGUUCUUCCUUCAUCCCAGCUAUAAACCAAAUGACCUUGUGGAAGUUAGAGAACCUCCUUUUCAUCUGACCAGAAGAGGCUGGGGUGAGUUUCCUGUCAGAGUUCAAGUUCACUUUAAGGACAGCCAGAACAAGAGGAUAGAUAUCAUACAUAAUCUGAAGCUGGAUAGAACUUACACUGGCUUGCAGACUCUUGGAGCAGAGACGGUAGUGGAUGUUGAGCUCCAUCGGCAUUCUCUUGGAGAAGACUACAUUUAUCCUCAGUCCUCUGAAUCAGACGUCUCUGAUGCCCCUCCAUCUUUGCCUUUAACCAUUCCAGCCCCAGUGAAAGCUUCCUCACCGAUAAAGCAGUCACAUGAGCCAGUACCUGAUACCCCUGUGGAGAAAGGAUUCCCAGCUAACACUGACCCUGAGAGACAUACUACAUUUUAUUCUUUACCUUCUUCAUUGGAACGAACACCCACCAAAAUAACAUCCCAGAAAGUUACCUUUUGUUCUCAUGGCAAUUCUGCUUUCCAGCCAAUAGCAUCAAGCUGCAAAAUUGUACCACAAAGUCAGGUUCCAAAUCCUGAAUCACCUGGAAAGUCCUUCCAGCCCAUCACCAUGAGCUGCAAGAUUGUCUCAGGUUCUCCAAUAUCAACUCCAAGUCCGUCACCAUUGCCUCGAACCCCAACUUCUACUCCAGUCCAUGUGAAGCAAGGCACUGCCAGCUCUGUUACUAGUAAUCCUUACGUUAUCAUGGACAAACCUGGGCAGGUCAUUGGCACUACCGCUCCCAGUACAGGAAGUCCUACAAGCAGACUUCCUACUGCCUCCCAGGCCUCCCAAGGAACAGGUUCUCCUAUUCCUAAAAUUCAUGGAAGUGGUUUUGUAACAUCUACUGUCAAGCAGGAGGAUUCUUUGUUUGCAUCCAUGCCACCUCUUUGCCCAAUUGGAAGUCACCCAAAGGUUCAAAGCCCCAAGCCUAUAACUGGAGGACUUGGAGCUUUCACAAAGGUGAUCAUCAAACAGGAACCUGGCGAAGCCCCCCAUGUGCCCACAUCAGGAGCUGCCAGCCAGUCACCACUCCCCCAGUAUGUGACCGUGAAAGGGGGUCACAUGAUAGCAGUAUCUCCUCAAAAACAGGUCAUAACUACUGGAGAAGGGUCUGCCCAGUCACCAAAGAUUCAGCCCUCCAAGGUUGUUGGGGUGCCAGUUGGGACAACUUUACCUUCAACAGUGAAACAGGCUGUGGCCAUCAGUGGAGGCCAAAUCCUUGUAGCCAAGGCCAGCUCUUCUGUCGCCAAAGCAGUUGGUCCAAAGCAAGUUAUGACCCAAGGAGUUGCUAAAGCAAUCGUCAGUGGAGGUGGAGGAACCAUUGUUGCUCAGCCAGUGCAAACUUUAACCAAGGCUCAGGUCACUGCUGCUGGCCCUCAGAAGAGUGGAUCCCAGGGUUCAGUGAUGGCAACAUUGCAGCUACCAGCCACUAAUUUGGCUAACUUGGCAAAUUUGCCUCCUGGCACCAAACUAUAUCUUACCACAAACAGCAAGAACCCUUCAGGAAAAGGAAAACUGCUACUGAUCCCUCAAGGAGCCAUCCUGCGAGCUACCAACAAUGCUAACCUCCAGUCUGGCUCAGCUGCUGCUGGUGGUGGAGGUGGUGGCAGCGCAGGAGGUGGUGGAGUAGGAGGAAGUGGAGGCACCCAGAGCACCACCGGCCCUGGGGGGAUAUCCCAGCACCUGACGUACACGUCUUACAUCCUCAAGCAAACUCCCCAGGGUACAUUUUUAGUUGGCCAGCCAUCACCUCAGACAUCUGGAAAACAGCUGACUGCUGGGUCAGUCGUCCAAGGAACGCUAGGCGUCAGCACAUCUUCUGCACAAGGACAACAGACGUUAAAAGUCAUCUCUGGACAAAAAACCACUUUAUUUACACAGGCAGCCCCUGGGGGACAAGCAUCUCUAAUGAAAAUGUCCGAUAGUUCAUUGAAGUCUGUGCCAGUCACCUCACAACUCUCAAAGCCUGGAACCACAAUGCUGAGAGUAGCAGGAGGGGUUAUCACAACUGCCACUUCCACAGCUGUGGCCCUCUCAGCAAAUGGUCCUCCUGCACAACAGUCUGAAGGGACAACUCUCAGUUCAUCAUCUGCUGUAGGUUCUGUAAUGAAAACUUCCGGGCAGCAACAAGUGUGUGUGAGUCAGGCAGCAAUGGGAACCUGUAAAGCUACUGCCCCCAGUGUCGUCAGUGCCACAUCCCUGGUAUCCACACCAACCCCUAUCUCUGGAAAAGCCACAGUGUCAGGAUUGUUGAAGAUUCAUUCCAGUCAAUCCAAUCCCCAGCAGGCUGUUCUGACAAUUCCCAGCCAGCUCAAACCACUUAGUGUUAAUACAUCUGGUGGUGUGCAGACUAUACUGAUGCCUGUGAAUAAAGUGGUUCAGUCAUUUUCUGCCACCAAAUCACCUUCCAUUCUGCCUGUAGCUGCCCCAGCUCCAGUUGUCCCCAGCUCCACUCCAGCAACUGUUGCAAAAGUGAAGACUGAACCAGAAGCGCCCGGGCCAAGCUGCCUCUCUCAGGAGGGUCAGACAGCAGUGAAAACUGAAGAAAGUUCUGAAUUGGGAAACUAUGUCAUUAAAAUCGACCAUUUAGAAACUAUCCAGCAACUCUUAACAGCAAUAGUGAAGAAGAUCCCAUUAAUCACUGCAAAAAGUGAAGAUGCCAGCUGUUUUUCUGCAAAGUCUGUGGAGCAAUAUUAUGGUUGGAACAUUGGAAAACGGAGAGCUGCCGAGUGGCAAAGAGCAAUGACAAUACGAAAAGUCUUACAAGAAAUACUGGAAAGAAACUCAAGAUUUCACCACCUGACUCCCCUGAAAACCAAGCACAUUGCUCACUGGUGUCGCUGUCAUGGCUACACCCCCCCUGAUCCCGAGAGUCUGAGGAAUGACGGGGAUACAAUUGAGGAUGUGCUGACCCAGAUUGACAGUGAACCAGAGUGCCCAUCAUCAUUCUCCUCUGCUGACAACCUCUGCCGGAAACUGGAGGACCUUCAGCAGUUUCAGAAAAGAGAACCAGAGAAUGAGGAGGAGGUGGAUAUCCUGAGCCUCUCAGAGCCAUUAAAGAUAAGCAUCAAAAAAGAACAGGAAGAGAAACAGGAAGAAAUGAGAUUCUACCUGCCACCAACACCAGGGUCUGAAUUCAUCAGUGAUGUCACACAGAAGAUUGGAAUCACCCUGCAGCCCGUAGCACUCCACAGGAACGUGUAUGCAUCAGUGGUCGAGGACAUGAUUUUAAAGGCUACAGAACAGCUGGUGAGUGAUAUCCUGAGACAGGCCUUGGCAGUUGGAUACCAGACAGCAUCUCACAACAGGAUUCCCAAAGAAAUUACAGUGAGUAAUAUUCAUCAGGCCAUUUGCAACAAUCCUUUCCUGGACUUCCUCACAAACAAACACAUGGGGAUAUUGAAUGAGGAUCAGUGA